UCUAUAACGACAUUGUACCGGAAGUCGAUGUUUUCAGAACCUCGUUCCGGCCUUUACUAUUCUGACAUCUUCCAACAUGGCCAAGGUAAAGGCUAAGGAACUUCGCGGCAAGAAGAAGGAAGAUCUUACCAAGCAGCUCCAGGAUCUGCAAGAGGAACUUGCUGGUCUUCGUGUUGCCAAGGUUACAGGAGGAGCUGCCUCAAAGUUGGCUAAGAUAUGCUCUGUGAGGAAAUCUAUCGCUCGAGUCCUGACAGUCAUUAAUCAGACACAGAAGGAGAACCUAAGGAAAUUCUACAAGACAAAGCGCUUCAAGCCCAAGGAUCUCCGUCCCAAGAAGACGAGAGCAAUGAGGCGUGCACUCUCCAAGUUUGAACGCUCUAUCAAGACAAAGAAGGAACAGAAGAAAGAGCGCCUGUACCCUACACGAAAGUACGCAGUCAAAGCUUAAAUGUCUAUUUGUGGGGAAUAAAAAAAGUAAAAAAAAAAUGUUUUCUGUCAUUUAUC